AUGAUGCUGUGUGCAGAGGCGGACUGUGGUGCUGAGGGACAGAGAGUUGAAGAAGGGGAUGGGUACGAGACAGACCACCAGGACUACUGUGAGGUGUGCCAGCAGGGAGGGGAGAUCAUCCUCUGCGACACCUGUCCCCGUGCCUACCACCUUGUCUGCCUGGACCCCGAGCUGGAGAAGGCCCCCGAGGGCAAGUGGAGCUGCCCCCACUGCGAAAAGGAAAAAAAAAAGCCGAAGGAGGAGGAUGAAGAGGAAGAGGAGGGCGGCGAGGAGGAGGAGGAUGACCACAUGGAGUUCUGCCGGGUCUGUAAGGACGGAGGGGAGCUGCUGUGCUGCGACACCUGCCCGUCCUCCUACCACCUCCACUGCCUGAACCCGCCGCUGCCAGAAAUACCAAACGGUGAAUGGCUCUGCCCUCGCUGUACAUGUCCUCCCUUGAAGGGCAAAGUCCAACGCAUCCUGCACUGGGCCUGGAGAGAGCCGCCAGCCGCCCCGCUCCCGCCUGUGCUGCCCGCCCCGGACGCAGAGCUGGCUCUCCCCCCACCGAAGGUGCUGGAGGGGAUCCCGGAGCGCGAGUUCUUCGUGAAGUGGGCCGGCCUCUCCUACUGGCACUGCUCCUGGGUCAAGGAGCUGCAGCUGGAGCUGUACCACACCGUAAUGUACCGCAACUACCAACGGAAGAAUGACAUGGACGAGCCACCGGCCUUUGACUAUGGCUCUGGGGACGAGGACAGCCAGAGGGAGAAGCGGAAGAACAAGGACCCGCAGUACGCCAAGAUGGAGGAGCGGUUCUACCGCUACGGCAUCAAGCCCGAGUGGAUGAUGAUCCACCGCAUCCUGAACCACAGCUUUGAUAAAAAGGGAGACAUCCAUUACCUGAUCAAGUGGAAGGACUUGCCGUAUGACCAAUGCACCUGGGAGAUUGACGAGAUAGACAUCCCGUACUACGAGAACCUCAAACACCUCUACUGGAACCACAGGGAGCUGAUGCUGGGGGAGGACACACGCCCUCUGAAGAAGCUGAACAAGAAGGGGAAAAAGCUGAAAGAGGAGAAGCUGGAAAAGCCUCCGGAAACACCUCUCGUGGAUCCUACGGUGAAGUUUGACAAGCAGCCGUGGUACAUCGACGCCACGGGAGGCACGCUCCAUCCUUACCAGCUGGAAGGACUGAACUGGCUGAGAUUUUCCUGGGCCCAAGGGACGGAUACGAUCCUGGCCGACGAGAUGGGGCUGGGGAAGACCGUGCAGACUAUUGUGUUCUUGUAUUCCCUGUACAAGGAGGGCCACUCGAAAGGGCCGUACCUGGUCAGCGCCCCUCUCUCCACCAUCAUCAACUGGGAGCGCGAGUUUGAGAUGUGGGCUCCUGACUUCUACGUCGUCACCUACACAGGGGACAAAGAAAGCCGGUCGGUCAUCCGGGAAAAUGAGUUUUCUUUUGAAGACAACGCCAUCCGGAGUGGAAAGAAGGUCUUCCGGAUGAAGAAGGAAGCCCAGAUCAAGUUCCAUGUCCUGCUCACCUCCUACGAGCUGAUCACUAUUGACCAGGCGGUGCUGGGCUCCAUCGAGUGGGCCUGUCUGGUGGUGGAUGAAGCACACAGGCUGAAGAACAACCAGUCCAAAUUCUUCAGAGUGUUAAAUAGCUACAAGAUCGAUUACAAGCUGCUGCUCACUGGGACUCCGCUCCAGAACAACUUGGAAGAGCUCUUCCACCUCCUCAAUUUCCUCACCCCCGAGAGGUUUAAUAACCUGGAGGGGUUCCUGGAGGAGUUUGCAGACAUCUCCAAGGAGGACCAGAUCAAAAAGCUCCACGAUCUGCUGGGUCCCCACAUGCUGCGGCGACUCAAGGCGGACGUGUUCAAGAACAUGCCGGCCAAGACGGAGCUGAUCGUGAGAGUGGAGCUGAGCCAGAUGCAGAAGAAGUACUACAAAUUCAUACUGACGAGGAAUUUCGAAGCCCUGAAUUCGAAAGGUGGUGGGAACCAGGUCUCGCUGCUCAACAUCAUGAUGGACCUGAAGAAGUGCUGUAAUCACCCGUACCUCUUCCCAGUGGCCGCCGUGGAGGCCCCGGUUCUGCCCAACGGAUCCUACGAUGGGAAUUCUUUGGUGAAAUCUUCUGGGAAACUGAUGCUGCUCCAAAAGAUGCUGAAGAAGUUACGGGAUGGGGGUCACAGAGUUCUGAUCUUCUCUCAG